AGUUUUGUUUUCUUUUUCCAUCGUCGUGCUGUGCGUGUUUUUGCACUAGCGAGUAAUUUUCGUUCCGUUCGACCGUGUGCUGUUGCAACUUUUUUUUCGUCCUUUCCGGCCGGAAGCGUUCCCCUUUGCGCGUAUAAGUUCCACCGCCAAAUCGGUCAAUCGGUGACGCUCGGUAUCCGUUGAAAGCCGUCGGAAACGUGUUUAGUCGUUACUGGAACUCCUCGUGGUGUUUGCGUACCCACGACGACGACGAGUGAAAAAAAAAUGUUCUCAUCCAGUCCGCAGUGGGUUCGCGUGUCCGCAGCCGUUGUCGCCGUGACCGUCAGUUCCGAGGCACUGUACGAGCUGUACAUCCGCUGGCGGUCGUACUGUGCGCGCCGCCGGGCCCGUCAACUGGCCGCGAGCCACUGGACUGAUGUGUUUUUCGCGAACGAACGGAGCAUCCAUCCGAACGAACCGGGCACGACGAUGGCCAGCUUUACGACGGAACACGUCCGCCGGUUGGUCGCGCUGAUCGAUCGGGCCCGCGUUUCGAUUAAUCUGUGUAUGUACAUCGUUACGGUGGAAAGUAUCGGGGAUGCGGUGUUGCGGGCCGCGAAACGCGGCGUAAAAGUGCGCGUUGUCGGAUGCUCCUCGAUGGCGUACAGUUCCGGAUCGCAGAUGACCAAGUUGGUGCACGGAGGCAUCCCGGUACGCUUCAACAAGCAGAACAGUGCCUACCUGAUGCACCACAAGUUCUGCCUAAUCGACACCGAUUGGCUCUGCCCCCAGUGCUAUCACAGUGAAAAAGUGCGCAGAAAUGGUUUCUGCUGUGAUGCUCCGGCCAAGCUCAGUGUUAACAGUGCUACCGAUGCUGCUAAGUGUAGUGUUCUUUCGUCGGUUUCUGGCACCGCCGGAGAUUCCGCCAGUGGCAGUGCCAACGGUAGUCCUACCUAUUCCGGUAGUAAAGUGCAGUGCAGUGAUAAUGGUUCCCGCUGUGUUCGCUGUGAUCCGAAGCUGAAGCGGUCGAUCGAUGAGCGCAAGGUACAGGACGCGGCUACCGAUCCGUUCCCGCUCGGCGGUAUAGUGAUCAGUGGGUCCACCAAUUGGACCAUGCAGGCUCUGUCCAGCAAUUGGGAUAAUAUGGUGCUGACGUCGCUGCCGGAACUUGUCGUUCCGUUUCAGAUGGAGUUUCAACGGCUGUGGAAGGAGUUUGCCCGGCUACCGCCGUUGAUUAGUGGAGCCGAGGCGGCUGGUAGUGUUGCUACUGGCAGUUCGGCUGGCAAUGGCGUCAAGCAGUAGUAGGUGGCGCGCAUAGCUGUUGCACUGAGUGAAGAGAGAAAGAAAGAUCGUGGACGACUUGAGCAUUUUAACGACCAAAAAGCAUUUAAACGGCAGUUAACACAGCGAACAUCACGCAUUAUAGUAUAAAAGAGAGCUCACAAAGGUUGGAAAAUGCACACUACUUAAAUGCUAUAAAAGUACCAUAAAAAUUCUAUUAAAAAGGGGAAACUGCCGAUAAAGCACGCUCGACUAUUAACUGGAUACCCUCGAGCCAUCGAGGGUAGAGUAACACCCUAUAGCAUGAGGCAUUAAUUAUAAUCGAUUGACAGCUGUUCAAAGGCCAGCAAAUCGCCCUCAAAGAGAAAAGGAUAAUCUCAGAGGAUACCCGGACCCAGCAAUGAACUCAAAUCAGCGAUGGAAAAUGGCGCCAAAGGUACACUUUGAGUGGAAAAAAAAACAUAUUAGCUUAGCAACAUACAAAAAACAUAUAAUCUCAUCUUAUAUUUACCUUAUAUUGAAUGAAUUUGUAACGAGAUACUGACGUUGUAGAGAAACCAUAAAUAUUGACCAUAGAAUAAAGUAAACUGACGAAGUUAAA